AUGAGUUACCAGGAGGAGUUUCCCAUAAGCAUCGACAUCCAAGGCAACUACCACCCACUGUUCUUCGACCUGUCCGAGACAGUGCGGUUCGAGUUGUAUAUCAACAUACGCCGGGGCUUGGAGCAGGAUCCCCGAGACCUCAUCAUCCUCACCACAGGCUCCGUUUUCGAUCUCCCGGCCGCACUUGGGAAGGGUCUUCUGGAGUUUGUAGAGGUUGAUAGCGGGAAAGUGGUCUCUUUCCGCAGCAACAGCGUUCGGGCGAACGAGGGCCAAGCAGAAACCACCUCGCAAUCAUUCAUCGCACUCCCUACUUUAGGGAAGGGCAAAGAUCGACACAUCAUAAAGGUCCCGCUGCUGCAUGCAACGUCUAUCUUGCGUGAGGCGGUCCAACCUGGGUGCAAGUAUCGCCUGCGACUAUGUGGCAAAGAUCUUGGGGUCAAGUGGUGGGGCUGGAGCAGUCCUCCUGAGAUACUCGUAGGCUCCAACGGCAACCUUACGGAAUUACCACCUUCUAUGCCUCAGCGUCUUGUGAAUAGCAGGCCGACAUGCUCCAGGCUAUUUACAACAGUAUCAGCCUUCGAAGCGCCACCGAAGCUGGAAAUCACCUUGUCGCUAGAGCCAGAUGGCAAUGUUACUAACGACCCAGAGCCCUCCGCUGCCACCAAGGAAGUCGUGAUCCGUAUCACGAUAACCAACGCGAACGAUCAUUUAAUCACCGUGAUGACAAGAGGAGACCAAAACUAUAUUCUCCACAAGACCGAUGAGAUCUCGAAUCCAAAAGCUCGCAUCACUGAUCCUCAUCCGGACCCUCAAAACUUUUCUGUCAGAGACCUGGAGACUCGAGAGGAUUUCAUGCCUGAUUCACCGAUGUUCGUCUGUCCUGUCGCUGGCGGGAGCGGAGGCUGGGGGAGGAGCAAGUUCCUCACUCUAGGUUCCGGGGAGCAAGUCGUUCGCACCUUCACGCUCUCGGAUCAAUUUCUCGCAAGGGUCGGUACGAGAGGCAGGAAAUACCAGCUUAGCUUGAGACGUACUGGGUGCUGGUGGGAUAAAGGAACUCUUGAUGACGUUUUCGGUGAGGGCAAUCAGGUAUUGAAGACCUGGCCCAAGGGCGUCAAGCGGCCGAUGGAACUGGAAAGUGAGGAUAUAGUCAUCUUUCGCUAUUAA